AUACGCGGUCACAGGCAUCCUUUGACCUACAGUCUACCAGCAUGCCGUUCCUGGACAAAUUUCCUCUGCACCUCUGUGUCAGUGUUGUUUGUGUUUUGUGCUUCGCGGACCACAUCGACGCUGAAAACCCUCGUGUAAACACCACGUCCGGUGCGGUGGAGGGGUUUGUCAAAACCGUGAAGCUAGAAGGGAACCGAACCGUGGACCUCAACGUUUUUCUAGGAAUUCCCUACGCCGAGCCUCCGGUCGGCAAACUCCGGCUAAGAAGAACGGUCACUAAGGUCCCGAUACCAGGAGUUUUCAACGCCACGAACUUUGGUCCUAUAUGUCCUCAGCCUUCUGGGUGGCCUAACAAUUUUGCCAUGAAGGAAGACUGUCUUGUCCUGAAUAUCUAUGCUCCUAGUAACGCUUCUGACGAUGAUCCAAGAUCCACCAUGGUUUGGAUCCAUGGGGGGUCAUAUAUCACUGGCACUGGAAACCUCUACGACGGCACCCUGAUGUCCGCGCUAGGAGAUGUUGUUGUUGUAACCAUCAACUAUCGCCUGGGUGUGCUGGGAUAUUUUUCCACAGAGGACACCCAUUCGCCUGGUAACUAUGGCGCAUAUGAUCAACAGAUGGCGCUGUUGUGGGUUAUAAACAACAUCCAAAACUUUGGCGGAAAUCGUUCCAACAUCACGGUCAUGGGGGAGUCCGCUGGGGCAUCAAGCGUGUCCCUGUUGACCCUCAAUAGUCCCACCAACGUCCUGUUCAAGCGAGUCAUCGUGGAGAGCGGGACGGCUCUGGCGAACUGGGCAAUGGUGAAGAAUCCGAAAGAGAAGGCGAAGAUUUACGCGGCAUAUGCCCAGUGUCCCCAGGAAUCCCAGCCACUCGUGGACUGCGUGAGGAACAUGUCGGUAGCCGACAUCAUCAAGUACCAAGCCCAGAUGGACGCUAUGAGGGCUACCUACGGCGGAUUGUCCUUCGGGCCGGUGGUGGACCACCAGUUCUUCCUGUACAGCCCAGAGGAGAUAGCAAAGGGUAAAACAACACCGGAAUACCUGGACAAAUUCAGGCAAAUUGACCAUCUGGUGGGGACGAAUAGUCAGGAAGGGGCGUGGAUCUACGACUUGCGAAUGGCACCGUACCGUCAGAAGCUACACAUCAAUGAUUCCGUCAUUGGGUUACCUAAGAAUGUCUUCAUCGACAUGGUCAAUCGGAGUGCCUACGAUUUGCUUCCCGCCCAUGCUCAACAGCUCCUACCCGCUCUGGAGUACAAGUACACGGAUUUCCGCCACCCCGACGACGGAAUGGGCCGAGCAAUUAAGUUUAUAGACGCCCUGACGGAUAGUGUCUUCUACUCGGGGAUAGUUCCUCUGGCCCAGCUACAUGCGCGUCUUGUCAACGCCUCUUCCAGCCCGGUGGACGGCGGCAGCACUUACUUCUACCUCUUUGAUCACCGUGGUAGCUGGAGAACACACGAACCCUGGCGGACUGGAGCGGAUCACGGAGACGAGGUGUGGUUUGUGUUCGGCUAUCCGAUGACCCUCCCCACCAGCCCACCCGAAGAGAAAGCUCUGUCCCUAGCAACCAUAAGAUUCUGGACGAACUUCGCCAAAACAGGAAAUCCCAACACACCGGAAGAUCCGAUGUACUCGACGGGAUGGCCCAAGUAUGAGAUCGGUGUAGAAAAGUAUAUCCGGCUUUCCGCAGAUAUUGAAUCCGGGCCUUUGAAUGGUUCAAAACUAGCAGCGGAUCGAGUUGCGUUCUGGACGGACUUCCUGCCCAAAUUCUCGGCCUCGUUUCCAACAGCAACGCCUUGUCCAUCAGCACCGAAAUGCACUGGAGCCGCUACAACUGUUGUUGUUUCAGAAGUACUUGUGUUGUUGUUGAUCAGUUUAACACUCAUACCAUUGUUCAGAAGAGAACGUCUUCUGUCUGCCAUUUUGUCAGACUCUGCAAGAUUUCCUCUUUUGGCUCAACAGUCUGGAGAAUCUGCAGAUUAUCAAAAUGUUUCUGAGACAAAAACUGCGGAACAAAAUAAGAUGUCUGGCAGUCUUACAAGCCCAAAUUUUGAAAAAGCUGCUCAACGUUUAGAGUUGGAAGAGCUUGAUAAAGUUGUUGCUGCAUUCACAGCAACUAACCAAAACAGUCAAAGCUUGGACCUGUGCAGGACCACUAUGCUGUUCAUAAUUAUCACCCUUGGGUUACUACCUCACUCGGCCGCCGUGAGCGUGCCUGUAGGGUCUGUUCUCGCGACACCUAGUGGAAAGUACAGAGGCCUCCCACCGGAUGAGGUUGGUGUCAUAAGGUAUCUUGGGAUAGCGUUUGCAGAGCCACCAAUCGGGAAGCUUCGUUUCAAACCUACAAAGUUGAUAUCGCCGCAUUCAGAGGUGUACGACGCAACAAGCCAGACAGCUGUUUGUCCACAAACUUUCCUUGAAUUGAGCGAAAAGUAUGACCAUUUUCGGCAGAAUUUCACACAGAAUGAAGAUUGCUUGUUCUUGGAUGUUUACGUUCCUCCACUGGCGUCCGUGGACAAUCCAAAGGCUGUUCUGGUUUGGAUUCAUGGAGGAGGAUAUAUCAUAGGCUACAAGAACACUUACAACGCCGCUUUAUUGGCUGGCUUGAACGACGUCAUUGUGGUAACGAUCAACUAUCGCUUGGGGGUUCUCGGUUUCCUCACCACGGGCGACGAGCAUGCGCCUGGAAAUCUUGGCCUUCGAGACCAGAUUGUGGCUUUACAGUGGAUUCAGAAAAACAUUGCAAGUUUCGGAGGAGACAAACAUCGGGUGACGAUAGCUGGAGAGUCUGCCGGUGGAGGAAGUGUUUCACAGUUACUCGUCACUCCCGCCAGCAAGGGUCUCUUCCACAGAGUGAUCGCUCAGAGUGGCACAGCCAUCGCUCCGUGGAGUCGGGUUGUCAGUCCUCUUACCCACGUCCAUGAGAUGGCCAGCAGCCUCGGUUGUCCAGUUAACGACUCCGUAAACCUCCUGGAGUGCCUUAGGCACUUUACCCCCAACGAUUUCCUAGCCUUUCAGAAUAUCGAUUUAAAGUCCAUCGGACCAAAAUGGGGGCCAAUCUACGAUAACGACUUUUUUCCAUUUACGCUAGAAGAACUAAAAAAUAACGUUGAUAGCGGGGAGAUACAAGAGCAGCUUGUCCACACCGAUCUCAUGAUCGGCGUCUGCUCAGAAGAAGGCGCCCUGUUUUAUUCAGGCAUAGAAAAGCUUCUGGAGCAAAAAUACGGCAUUCCUUUGGGGCAAGGCCUGAGCUCUGAACAUUUCAACAGUUUUCUCUCAUUAUACGUGUCAUUUCUGUUUGCUGAAAAACCCGGUAGUGUAGAGUCCACAAAGACUAUGAUAUCGUAUCUGUACAAGGACUGGCAAAACCCUGACGACGCGCUGUCCCGCUCGAAAAUGUUGAUACAGUUUUUGACCGAUGCAUUGUUCUGCGUGCCUGCCGUCGAGUUUGCCCGGUUGCAUGCCGGGAUGAAUCUUGAUGAGUCACGCAACGGCACAGGAAGUCAAUCUCCAAGAGGGAGAACUUUCUUCUACCAGUUCAAUCACCCUGUAAGUUGGCUGGAGACCAGUCCGUGGAGAACUGGGGCAGAUCAUGGGGAUGACGUGUUCUUUGUGUACGGUUUCCCGCUUACGGAUAUGUGUAACGCCACUGAUAGUGAGAAAGUGUUCACACGACAGAUGAUGAAAUACUGGACAAACUUUGUGAAAACCGGGGAUCCAAACCAACCGUCGGCAGAUGUUACUUUACCCAAAUGGCCGCAUUUUGAAACGGGCUCCGAGCUUUACCUAGAGCUUGACACGAACCUGUCGGAAGAUUCCGUGAAAGGUCGGAUAACUCCGGAACGUGUGGCAUUCUGGACGGACCUUCUACCAAAACAUGACAAGGAAAUGAAGGACCUGUACGCUUCUCUCGAGAACUGUACGGAUAAUUCUGACAACACGAAAAACCAAAUCACUUCAUAA